CUCCUCCUCCUCCUCCUCCUGCUCCUCCUCCUCCUGCUGUGGCCGACCGUCCUGCACAUCAUCACCAUCACCAUCAUCAUCAUCAUUAGAAGCAGAGGAGCAGAGGAUCCAUCCGCGCACCCGUCAGCCAGCGGAGCCCGGGGAGGACGCUCGGUCUCUGGGAGCUUCUGCAGGAGGAGGCUGACGAUCCGGAGCAGAGACGCGUCGUCGCCAUGGAGACGGACGGAGAGCAGAACCAGCAGGGGGCCUCGACCAAUGGGAGCGCGGCGUCCGGGACGAGCUCCCGCCCGUCGCCCAUGAACUCCAUGUCUCUGUACGAGCGGCAGGCGGUCCAGGCCCUGCAGGCGUUGCAGAGGCAGCCCAACGCUGCUCAGUACUUCCAGCAGCUGAUGCUGCAGCAGCAGAUCAACAGCGCUCAGCUCCAGAACCUGGCGGCCGUGCAACAAGUGAAGGCGACGCUUGCAGCCAGUCGCCAGUCGAGUCCCUCCAGCAGCAGCAGCGGCUCGUCUCAGACGACCAGCACCACAUCCGCCAGCGCGACGUCCGGAUCGGGAGCGACCGCCAGCAGCCGACCCAUGGGCGCCUCGGCGACGUCCACCAUCAGCCAGUCGGUGCUGCUGAGCGGGACGGCGGGGGGCCAGGGGCAGAUGUACCUGAGGGUCAACCGCUCUCUGAGGGCGCCCCUCUCCUCGCAGCUCAUCUUUAUGCCCGGCAACACGGCGACCGCUGCCGUGGCAACCGUCACCCAGCAACCCCAGACUCAGCAGCAGCAGCAGCAGCAGCAGGAGGUGACGCCGGCUUCCUCCACCACCGCCAGUCAGUCAGAUAACGACCAGGCGCAGAACUUAGCCAUGAGAGGGGUGUCCAGUCCCAAAGGAGUCGGGGUUAAGACCGAAGCCCCAGAGAGGAGUGACACAGCUGCCUUCUCUCUGGUCCAGCCCUCGAACACCCCGUCGCCCUCCAAGCCGAGCCAGACUCAGCCCCAACCUCCCCACAUCAAAAUCCCCACCUACCCCCAACCGACCAACCUCAAAGCUCACCCCUCCUCCUCCUCCUCCACCUCUGGUGCCUCCUCUUCCUCCUCCACCUCCUCCACCUCCUCCAUCCCUCUGUCCCAGCUCCUGCUUCACGGAACCAGAACCCUAACCACGGGAACCACCGCCCCCACGGCGGCAGCAGCGCACACCCUGGUCCUGACGUCCAACGCGGCGCCCCAGCCCCACGGGUACCCGGUCGGCACGGCGACCAUCAAGCCGGCGGUCAACGCUCAGACCCUGGUGGUGCAGCCUCUCCAGAAGGCGUCUCCGGGCGGGGAGAAGCAAGGCCACGGGAACGGACCCGUCCCCAUCCAGCCCAAGACUCUGCAGGGGCUCCGCCUCCCCCUCCAGCUCCCUUCGAGGAACCCUCCCCCCAUACUGCCCGCCCCGCCUCCCGCCAGCAGUUCCUCUCAGAACCCCCAGGCGCCGCCGCCGCCGCCGCCACCACCGCCGCCGCCGCCACCACACAUCCCGGUCCAGAUAGUGGGGGCCCGGCAGAGCACCCUGGGGAACGCCCAGGCCCUGGCCCUGGCCCGGGGGAGCUGCAGCCACGACGGAGCCGCCGUCCUCAGCAGCUCGUCCAGCCUCCUCACCAUGGUGGCGUCCAUCGCCUCCCGGGAGGGCGGGGUCGUGGGCCGGGGGGUGGGGCUCAAGACGCUCCACUCGCCCCAGGAGGCCCCUCCCUUGGCUCAGGUGUCCCAGGUGCAUCCGCAGGCGAAGAAUCAGAGUCAGAACGGACCCCUGGCUCCGAGCCCCGCCCCCUCCCAGCCCCCCAGCGUCACGGCUCCGCCCUCCUCCGUGUCCCGCUCCGCCCUCUCCCUCCCCCUGGUGGCGGCGACCGAGGAGCAGAGAGGAGCGGCGGCCGGCGUGACGGCUAACGGAGACUCGGCGGGAGGCCAGACGCCACAGGUGAAGCAGGUGACCCCCUGCCUAAAAAGAAAGUCGGAUUCAGUCAACGAUGAAGACGGCCCCCCUCCCCCGCGGCUCCAGCCAAUCAGAGAGCACACAUCCAGUCUCCCGGCCAACGCCGUCGACGCAGGCUCUGCUGCUCCUCCUCCUGUCUCCUCCUCCUCUCCCUCCCCAGUGCUGGUGGUGUCUCGUGGGGUCUGCGCUCAGGGCGAGAGAGCCCCGCCUCCCCAGGCCGUGGUCAAACCGCAGGUUCUCACACACCUCAUAGAGGGCUUUGUCAUCCAGGAAGGGGCGGAGCCUUUCCCCGUGUGUGGUCCGGUGAAGGACUCGGCCGGCGAGGACUUGACCAACGACGAUCUGGAUGUGAACCAAUCAGAGACCACGGCAACAGUGCUGAAGUGUGAGUACUGUAAAAACUUUGCUCCUGCCAACCAGUUCAGAGGCACCAAGCGGUUCUGCUCCAUGUCUUGUGCCAAGAGUAUGUAUUGGUUCCCCAGGUACAACGUCAGCUUCAGGCAGCACUUCUGCGUGCGGCAGGGCCACGGCCAGCGUCAGGGUCCGGGUCAGGACCGAGGCGUGGGCCAGGUCGACGGCCGCGGCCACGGUCACGGCCACCUCUCCAACUCGGACGAGGAGGGAGGCAUCGCCAGGAGGAGGGUCCCCCGGAGGACCAGCUCGGAGAUCGCCAGCGCCAAGAUAGCGGGGAGGCCCAUACCUGUCAAGUGCCGUUCAGAGUCCAGCCACUCGGAGGACGAGUCCAGUGUAGAGGAGGACGAGGACGACCCCGUGUCCCUCUCGCCCGCCUCCUCGGCCUCCUGCCACCAGGCUCCUCCUCCCCCCCUGCUCCCCACGGAGGAGAGCUCGAUGCCCGGCUGCCUGCCCGCUAGCGCCGCCCACUGGAGCGUGGAGGAAGUGUCGCAGUUCAUCUCCUCGCUACAAGGCUGCGAGGAACUCGCCUCCCAGUUCCUGUCGCAGGAGAUCGACGGUCAGGCGCUGCUGCUGCUGAAGGAGGAGCAUCUCAUGUCCACCAUGAACAUCAAGCUGGGUCCCGCCCUGAAGAUCUGCGCCCACAUCAACAAUCUGAGAGACUGAUUUUCCUGGAACCUGUUCUAAAAGCUGGAGCCCUGGGCCGGUUCCACCCAGAACAGAUACAGAACUGCAGGUGAAUGUAUGACGUUGUAGACGAUGGCGAUUGAAGGACACGUUUGCACGGGAAUAAUUAAACUCCUUGCAAAAAAAAAAAAUAAUAUCCUGUUAUAUUUUUGAGAACGUACCUCCUCCCCCAGAGUUGCCCCAAAAAUCAGUACAGAAAAAAGAUCCUAAACGGAGGUUUUGAAUGUAUUUUGAAGUUAGAAAUCGGUCGUAUUCUUGCACAGGAUUCACCCGUUUUACAAUUUAUUAAAUUAUUCGUUGAAAGUCAUGAUCUGAGUUCAACUAAACUAUGGGAAAUGAAAAGGAAAUGCUAAGAAAAUUGGUUUAUUCAUGUAGCAUUAGCAUUCGGCUAUUUAUGUUUCUGCAAAAGUUUAGUUUUUAUCCCAGAGAAAUAUUUUGCGUGGGAGAUUUUUGAUUUAAUUUUUAAAAGAAUAGGCGCCGUCGUUUCGCCUGUUCCACAUCCUACAGGGUACAGUUUAUAGUACAGGGUACGAACCCAAUCAAAUCUAACCCCUCGAGGUUCAGAGAGUGUUUCAUAUUUCAAGAAGGGGAAAAAUCUCAAAUAUUCAUGUUGUCAUGUGGUUUUCUCAUGUUUUGAAGGAUGCGUUUCAACCUCUGAGUUCAAUAAUCGGUUUCCAACGGAGAGACAGACUUGUAAGCGUAGGAGCUGGUCUGACUUCACGGUUAUUAUUUUUUAUACACAGAGCACAACACAAAAACAAACAAACAAAAAAAAAGCAUUUUCACACUUUUACACUCUUUCUAAGCUUUGUUUUUAACCAGAGGACUCACCGUUGAUCAUUUAUCUCCAGGAUUGUGUUAUUAAAAGGUGGACUUGUGAUGAUAAGCUCUUAUUUUGAAGUCUCCUUUAAGCUACGUUCAAGAUCAAAACACAAAAAAACGUUUAAAAAAAUGAGGAAGUCCAAGAAGAAACCCGAGGCCGGUAGCCGAAUGUGGACCUACGUUUCUGUUUAUAAUAUAAGUCUGAAUGAAUGACUGCGUGAAUGAGAAGAAGAAAAACAAAUACUGUAAUAAGUGUAAUAUUUUGCCUUUCUAUUUAAAUGCACAUUGUUUUAACCGUAGUCUCAUGUUCUCUCUCUGUGAACCUCGUGGCCUUUCUCACUAGUUUCUCCGAUAGGUUUAGGUGACGAUUGUCUGUUUUCUAACUGCUUUUUCAUAUCAUUCCUUGUUUUAUAUCAGUGCUUACUUUUUUACGAUUCAAGCAAUGACAUCUGUUGCCUUUCCAAAAAAAAAAAAAAAAAAACCUGCGUCGUAGCGACCUUGAUCAAGGGAACUUGCCGUCUUCCUCAUAGCUUUGUCACAUGACCUGUAACAAUAUUUACCUUUCUAGCUAGCUAGCUAUCUUUGGCUUCGUUGUUAGUGACUGUGGCUAUUACAGGAUUUUUUUCUCUGUAAUAAUCUUUGAUAGCUGUGUGUUUAUAUUCCAGUCUCUCCAGGAUUUCGUCUUUAAAUCGGUUGCUGCGUCUUGUGAAGACCAAAUAAGGAGCCGCGACUGGUUUUAACCUUCAUUGUAAAUAAAACCGUAGCAGCACUUUUUCUCACCUUCAUCUUCUGCAGAAGAAAGAAGUUUCUUUUCUUUUCUUUUUUUUUUUUUAAAUAUAUAUUUACAUAAAUAAGCUACUUGGGAGUUAAAAUGUGUUUUUGCAAUAUUCAGUUAAACUGCAAAAUCCUGGAGAGGCUGCGUUUGACGAGGAGAGGUUAAUACUAUCAUGCAAAUAAAUAAUCAAGGAACUGUGA